AGCCCUGCAUCGAUGGAGAAAUUCCUGACUUUUAUGCGAGGUGCAGGGUUGGAUGGAAAGUUAUCUCGAUAAACUGGCAAUCAGGCUAACAUUAUCGGUUCUUAGCAUCGUCUCCGUCGCUCGCUAGUCACGCCGAUCUGUUUGAGGUGUAGUCAAUACGGACGAUCGACGUUCACAUUAGGAGAGAAGCACAUCUUCAUAUCGCUUACUAUUAGCUAAGGUAGCAUUAGGGUAGCUAACACUAGCAUGUCAUAUAUUGCGUGUGUUUAUCCAGGUAGCUAGCAAGGUUUUCGGUUCAGGUGUUGCAGGAAGCAGCAGUUCACCGGUGGUUGCUGACGUAAAACAUUUCGGGGAAAGCUGCAGAUAAAUCAUCACUGUGUCACACAGACUGCUGCUGCUGUGCCUGCUGACUGAGAGUACCUCUUCAGUGGUGUGAAUGAGGGAGAUAUGGCAGACCACACCCCACCUCUGGAGUCCGGCCAGCUUCUCAACCCUGAACUCCCAAUGCUGGCCUCACCCCCGCCCCCAGCCAUGGUCAAUGGGGAUGGCCCCCAGCAGGUAAUCCUGGUGCAGGUAAACCCAGGAGAGGCCUUCACUAUUCGACGAGAGGAUGGUCAGUUUCAGUGUAUCACAGGUCCUGCUCAGGUUCCCAUGAUGUCUCCAAAUGGUUCAGUGCCUCCAAUCUAUGUGCCUCCUGGAUACGUUUCACAGAUCAUAGAAGAAAACGGAGUGCGGCGGGUUCUGGUCUUACCCCAGCAACCAGAGUUCCACCCAGGGGGCCACUCCCCCCUCCACCACCCUCCACCUCCACCCCAUGCCCACCUGCCUGCCUUCAUCCCACACCCUGCCAUGAUGCCCCCGCCGCCCCACUUGUACACGGGCAUGGGAGGGGGGGUGGGCGACAUGAGCUCUCAGUACAUCUCCCAGUACCAUCCAGCUCAUAUCUACUCGGAGCAGGUCUCUUCAGAUUCUCACCCCCAACAUGGACGCCCGCUGUUUUCUCACAGAGACGACAGAACUAGCAAAACGUACGAGCGUCUGCAGAAGAAACUGAAGGACCGUCAGGGAUGUGGAGGGGGAGGGCAGGUCAAGGACAGCCCUCCCUCCUCGCCGCAGAAAACUCGCAGCAGCCCCCUGACCGUGGACAUUCACAACGGCGUCGGAGGGAAAGCGCUGGAGGCGGAGCAGGGACCGCUCAGCCAUGCAGUGGCCGGGCCCGACAAACAGAGAGGCAGGGGGAGACAUGGAGAGUCAGGAGAGCUGGAUGAGGAAGCUCAAGCCCUGCAAGCGCUCCUGAGUACCAUCAGUACACCAGUGGUGUCAGACAUCCAGGGCAGAGGAGUGGUUGUGAGCUGGAGUGCGCCCGCCAGGCCAGAGAGUGACAACGGCAGUGUGGAGGACGACUGCAGCCCCACGGAGCCCCUCAGCUAUGAGGUCUCCAUCUCAUUUAGCGGCAAAGAUGGAAAAUACAACAGCAUGUACUGCGGGGAAGAAAUAAGUGCUACUUUAGAAGACCUUCGACCAGCAACAGACUAUCAUGUCAGGGUCCAGGCCAUGUGUAACUGUUUACAGGGAAGCCCGUCGGAGGCUGUGAACUUCACCACUCUGAGCUCAGAGCCGGAUCUUCCCAAUGCUCCCAGGAAGGCCAGUGGGACCAAGAACACACUCGUACUCCAGUGGAAGCCUCCAUGUGACAACGGUUCCAAAAUCCAAAACUACGUUCUUCAAUGGGAUGAGGGGAAGGGCACUGGCAUCUACGAGCAGUGCUACUAUGGACCUCAGAAGCAGUACAGAGUGACCAAGCUCUCCCCGGCUUCAAGAUACUCCUUCCGCCUUGCAGCUAAGAAUGACAUGGGUGCAAGCGAGUUCAGUGAAGUGGUGGACCUGUUCACCUCAUGCAGUGUGCCAUUACCACCCUUCCCUCCAGAGCUGGAGAUGGCAGGGGUGACCUGGCUGUGUAUGAAGUGGCAGAGGCCCACUAGCUCUCCCAAGGAGGAUGACAUCUACUAUGUUUUGGAGAUGGAGGAGGAAGGCUCGGGAUAUGGCUUCCAGCCAAGCUACGACGGAGACGAGCUCUCCUGCACCGUCAAGAAUCUCCACAGAAGUACCAAGUACAAGUUCAGGGUGGCAGCAUACAACUCAGAGGGGAAAAGUAACCCCAGCCCAGUGGUGGAGUUCAUCACUAACCCAGACAGACCUGGCAGCCCCUGCAGGCCUGUCAUCAGAGGCAGAGUCAUGCCCAACAGCUUCAAGAUGACCUGGGAACCCCCGAAAGAAAGCGGCGGAGCAGAAAUCACUAAGUAUGUCGUGGAGCUGUCUGAGGGCUUAAGCGGCCUUUCGUGGGAGCUGAUGUACUCGGGGCCAGCUGUGGAGCAUGUGUGUGAAGGCUUGAAGCCGGGCUGCUCCUACCAGACCCGAGUUUACUGCAUGAGCGAGGGAGGGCAGAGCCCGCUGUCGGAGACCCUGCAGGUCCAGACUCCCGCAGUGCCUCCAGGGCCCUGCCAGCCCCCUCGGCUGGUGGGCAAACCCAAAGCCAGGGAGGUGCAACUGCGCUGGGGCCCUCCACAGGUAGACGGAGGCAGCCUGGUGUCCUGCUACAGUGUGGAAGUGAGUGGGCCGCAGUCUGAGGAGAGCAGGGAGGUCUACCAGGGGCCAGAGUUGGACUGCUCUGUGGGAGGCUUAAUGCCUGGCAAAACCUACAGCUUCCGGCUCAAGGCAGCGAACAAGGCCGGGUUUGGACCUCUUACGGAGCGCUGUGAGGUCACAACCGGCCCUGGGGCCCCUGAGCAGUGCAAGGCUCCUUCCACCACAUGCAAAUCCCCCAGCUGUGUUGUUGUGAGCUGGGAGGCCCCUCCUUGCAACGGAGCUCCGGUGACCGAGUGUCGUCUGGAGUGGGGGGCAGCUGAUGGCAGCAUGCAGGUGUGUUACAGCGGACCAGUGCUCAGCCAUGAGAUGAAGGGGCUGCUGCCUGCGACCAAUUACUUCUGCCGGGUACAGGCAGUGAAUGUGGCCGGCGUGGGGCCCUUCAGCGAGGCGGUGUUGUGCCAUACCCCCUGCUCUGUUCCCGCAGCCGUCAGCAACAUCUACGCGCUGAAGGAGUCCGAUUUGCAAAGGUACGAGACACAAGUGGAAGAAGAAGAAGAAGAAGAAGAAGAAGAAGAAGAAGACGAGGAGGAGGAGGAGGAUGAGGACGGCGCUUCCCGGCCACCACCGCUCUACUCUCCGUCCACCUGCCUGGGCAUCAGGUGGGACCCCCCAUGUGAUCACGGCUCUGAGAUCACAUCCUACCUGAUUGACCUUGGAGAGCGUCAGCCCAUUGUUAUCGACCCUGUCACCAAACACGUCAUCCAGCAUCUGCAGCCCGACACCAGCUACAGGAUCCGAAUCCAAGCCCUGAACAGCCUGGGAGCCAGCCCCUUUAGCCACACCUUUAAGCUUAAGACCAAGCCCUUGCCCCCGCAGCCCCCCCGCCUGGAGUGCACUGCCUUCAGCCACCAGACCCUCAGGCUCAAGUGGGGCGAUGGCCCUGCCAAAGCCGCCACCUCAGACGCCCUCCAGUUCCAGCUGCAGAUGGGGGACAAGAGCGGCAGAUUUAUAUCCUUGUAUAAAGGACCAUGCCACACACACAAAGUCCAGAGGCUUAAUGAGUCUACCUCUUAUACGUUCCGCAUCCAGGCCUUUAAUGAGGCGGGCGAAGGGCCCUUCUCCAAUGUUUACACAUUCACCACCCCGCGCUCUCCUCCAGUCCCAGUGAAAGUACCUAAAGUGGAGCGUCUGGAUGACAACUCCUGUGAAGUCACAUGGGAAUCCCUGCCGCCCAUGAAGGGGGACCCUAUCAUCUACACCUUGCAGUGCAUGAUGGGAAACUCUGAUUUUAAACAGUCAUACAAAGGCUCUGCGACAUCCUUCCAUGUCCAGAGCCUGCAGCCCAACAGCGACUACCGUUUCCGGGUGUGUGCGAUCAGACAGUGCCAGGAGGCCCCUGAGCUGAGCGGCCCCUACAGCCCCACAGUGACCCUCUCCCCCCAGCGGAGCGACGUGGCGGUGAGCGGGGGGGCGGCCGGCUCGGGGUCCCGGGCCGGCGUGGAAUCCAACCGAGCCAGACGGAGCCUGACGGACGAGCAGUGCGCGUUCCUCCUCCUCAUGGUGUUCGCUGUUAUCGCCAUCCUCAUCGCUUUCGUCAUACAGUACUUUGUUAUUAAAUAAGCAGUUUGCGCCGCCCAGCUGCAGGGUUAUAGCUUUAUUCUUCCCCGCCCCCCCCUCUGUCUCUCUCUCUCUGUUGUUUUGUACUUAUUGUUUUCUCCCCCUGCUGUCAACAGAAUAAUUGUAUUUUCCACAUUGGGGUGCAGCGGGAAGGUGGGCUGGUGAGUGACAGCUGAAUAGCAGUUAAAAAUUGAAGAUGUAACAACUUAUUUGGCACCUGUGAUAACUCCCUGCCUCUCCUGCCUUUGUCACCCCCUCCCCACUUUGUGGUAUCUGUUGUUCAGUUCACAUUUCUGUUUCAUCAUGAUAAUGCGUGAAAAAGAAGUCAGAAAAGAGCAGGGUUUCAUUUUGGAAGAGGGUCAUGGGUAGAGGGGAGAAGGGCCGCUUCGACUCACAUACUUGUUGAUUACAGUAUAUAUAGAUACACAGAAUAUAUAUAUGUAUAGAAAUAGUCAUUAUUUAUAUUUCCAUUAAUGUGUCCAGUAUCAACCUGUUUUUUGAUAGAUGUGUUCAAAAUGUAUGUAGGUGUGUCUUUAGCCUAUGUGCUUUUUGAUCCUGGGACCUGGUGGGCCAGUGUUUGCACUGUGGGGGGGGUGUCCAGGUGUGUAUACCGUAUGUAGUUUAGUGCCACAGAGGUACACGGCUGGGGGGGCGUCAGGGCCAGAUGAAGGGGGACUUAACCCCCUGCUGGAGUUUUAGGUGGGUUUAUUGAGAGGAGGAACGGAAAUGAAAAUCUUGUUCACGCGAUAGACAGCGUUCAUUUAGCACUUUCCAACCUUUUUGAUGUUCAGAAUGUUUAAGGAUGCAAAAAUGACUGGAGAAAUGUUAGUAUAUUUUUGUACAGUGAAGACACGAGGACCUGUACGUUUGAGGAAAAAAAAUGCUCAGUAUAAAGUUAGAAAACAAACAAAAACCAAACUAACAGUGAAUUAUAAUUAUUUUUACUAUCAUAUAGUUAUACUGCUGCUUUACUCCGAAAUAUUGUUGUUCAGCACAGAAAAUGUAUGCUUACCUGUAUGUUUUUCUUUUCUUCUGUUUUUUGUUUUUCCCCAGUAAUUGAUUUUGCACCUUAGUGGAAGAAGAAACCUCGACUGACUGCGUCUUGGUCUUGCGAUGAAUUUUAUAGAACACACUUUGAGAUUGUGCAACCCUACUUGUGUUUUGGGUGUUUUAAAAGUUGUAGUACCACAUCAUGUGUCGCUGAAACAGCUGAUCUUUCUCAGCAAAAAAAAAAAAAGAGAGAAAAAAAAGUAUGUACCAGUUGUUUCAGAGGCCUUAAUUGGAGAUUUUUCUUAAUUUCUCAAGUUUUGAUUUCUUUUUUUAGUGUUUAACGACUCUAAAAUGGGUUUUAUUUACUUUUAUUUUGCAACAUUUAUUUGAUGAUAGUAAACAUAUGUAAUCAGGAGAGAAAUGGAAAGUAGUUAUAUGUAUUACUUAUGAUUUAUUUUGAUUUAUUUUGUCAGGUCAUACAUGUGUGAAGUAUAUUUUUUUAUAAUAUUGAAGUAAUAUAAGUUAAUACUCUCCAGAGAAAAUAAUACAUCCUGAGUACUCAUGAAUCAUGGAACGCAAAUGGCAGAUACAAAAUGUGUUAUAUCAUGUACUUCCUGUGAAUCUAAAUUUGCCUUUUCUCUGUGUGUUAAGUAUCUGUAACAGAUUUCUAACCCUGAGUUUUCAGUGGUGAUCUGGCUGUAGGGUCUAGUGUUGUUUGGUUUUGGGAAGAUAACUGCUGUUGCAACCGUAAAAAUGAAAUGCAGGUACCUUGCGAAACGUCUUGGAUAAUUACAUGAUUUGGUCUUUCAGACAUUCUGCAAAUGUCUGCUCUGUCAUUUAAAGAAUUCAAAAUCCUAUUUUUGAUAGCGAUUGCAACGUGUGCCAUUUUAACACCGCUUCACCCUGGGCUUACUACCUUUGGUUGGGGAGAUUAACAAAAUGCUACAAAAAUGAAUAAAAUAUGCACAAAAAUAGAGACCAUUUUUAUGUAAUUUUAAUGUUUGCAGUUACCUCAUACACCGUACAUUCCAAAAUGAAAAUUUGUUAUACUAUACAUACUACCAGACAUAUCACUUUAAAAUGUUCGUUAUGGGAAAAUGUAUAAUCAUAGAUAUGUAUCUAAAGUGUAUCUGUAUAGCCAUGAUAUCUACAAAGGAUCCAUGCACAAUAAAAGAUUUAUAAUUCUU